AUAAAACAUCACAUCAUUUCUCUUCUCUUCCAUUCUCUCUCCUUCCUUUCUUUUCUCUUAUUUUCUUUUCUCUCCAGCCGAUCGACGGCGUUCCCUGAAUGCCUAUCGCCUCCCAGCUUCCCUCCUACUACUCUGUCUUCUCCCGCAACAAAGGUUAGUUAGGUUGCCUGAGGAAGUGAAUUCACAAUAGCAUAUAGUUUUUCAAUAAUGAGGCUAUCGGACACUCAAGGUCAUCACUCAGGACCAGCACAAUCCGAGGAGUCGGCCUUGGACAUGGAGAGAGAUAUCUGCAACCAUUUUUAUUCAUGUAAUCCAUCUCCUCUCCAACCAAUUGCAUCAGGUGGUCAGCAUUCUGAAUGCACUGCUGCAUACUUCUCUUGGCCGACCUCUACGCUGUUACAUGGUGCGGCUGAAGGUCGAGCUAACUAUUUUGGAAACCUUCAGAAAGGAGUCCUUCCUGCACAUCUCGGGCGGUUUCCGACUGGGCAACAAGCCAUGACACUACUUGACCUGAUGACUAUAAGAGCAUUUCACAGCAAGAUUUUGCGUCGCUUUAGUCUAGGUACAGCAGUAGGAUUUCGCAUAAGGAAAGGGCAAUUGACAGAAAUCCCAGCAAUUCUUGUCUUUGUUGCUCGGAAGGUUCAUAGAAAAUGGCUUAGCCACAGUCAGUGUCUUCCAUCUAUGCUUGAGGGACCGGGAGGUGUAUGGUGCGAUGUGGACGUGGUGGAAUUUUCUUAUUAUGGUGCACCAGCACCAACUCCCAAGGAGCAAUUGUACAAUGAGCUUGUAGAUGGAUUGCGUGGAAGUGAUCCAUGUAUUGGUUCAGGUUCUCAGGUUGCGAGCCAAGAAACAUAUGGAACUUUAGGUGCUAUUGUGAAAAGUCGAACAGGUAACAAACAAGUUGGUUUCCUCACUAACCGCCAUGUUGCAGUUGAUCUGGAUUACCCCAACCAGAAGAUGUUUCAUCCUCUACCGCCUAAUCUUGGACCUGGAGUUUAUCUGGGUGCUGUCGAAAGGGCAACAUCAUUUAUCACAGAUGAUGUUUGGUAUGGCAUCUACGCAGGAACUAACCCAGAAACUUUUGUGCGAGCGGAUGGUGCAUUCAUUCCCUUUGCAGACGACUUCGAUGUGUCUUGCGUGUCCACUGCUGUGAAAGGAUUGGGCGACAUUGGAAAUGUCAAGGUAAUGGAUCUGCAAUCGCCGGUCGGCAGUCUGAUUGGGAGGCAAGUGGUUAAAGUUGGAAGAAGCUCUGGAUUGACAACCGGCACAGUGACCGCCUAUGCCUUGGAGUACAAUGAUGAAAAAGGAAUAUGCUUCUUCACAGAUUUUCUUGUCGUUGGUGAAAACCAGCAGACAUUUGAUCUGGAAGGCGACAGUGGAAGUCUCAUAAUUCUAACAGGACAAGACGAUGAAAAGCCUCAGCCGAUAGGGAUCAUCUGGGGUGGAACUGCCAACCGUGGAAGAUUGAAACUUAAAAGUGGUCAAGGUCCUGAGAAUUGGACAAGCGGAGUUGACCUCGGUCGCCUCCUCGAUCUUUUGGAGCUCGAUCUCAUAACAACAUGUGAAGAACUUCAAGAUGCACUCCAAAAACAAAGAUUUGCUCUAGCAGCAGCUAUAAACUCCACAGUUGGUGAAUCGUCUCCGACAGUAUGCACCCUUCCUAACGAAAAGAUGGAUGAGAUAUACGAACCUAUUGGUGUUGAAUUUCAGGUUGAUACUGUUGAAGUGGCAAAUAACGUCGAAGAGCAUCAGUUCAUACCGAACUUCAUCAGCAUGUCCCCAGUGCGUCGGGAUCAAGAGGACGGACCAGAAAGGAAAAACCUAUCGUCACUAGUGAACUCAUCUGAUGAAGAUCUUUUCGUCUCUCUACAUUUAGGAGAUCGAGAACAUAAAAGGCAACGGUCAGGGCCAGCAUUGAGCAUAGAUCAUCAGACACAAUGAAGCUGCUUAUUUAGCCAUCAGUUACUUGUGCCAUUUUCGCGUGAUACGGAGUUAGAACAAAUGCAUCAGUAAAGUUUAUCUAUGGAUUUGAAUUGAGCCGUAGCUGAAAGUGUCGUGCAGCAUUUCAUGUUCAAAUGAAACGGAAAUGCCUUGAUUCGAACGAGUACAAACCAGACUUGAAGUUUCUCCCCUUAUUUUUGAUUGCCUUUUUGAUGUGUUCUUGUCACGGAGCUAUCUUUCUUCAGACAUCGAAACUAAAAUGUUCAGUGUUUA